AUGGAUUUCAAUGUGAAGAAGCUGGCCUCUGAUGCUGGGGUCUUCUUUACCAGGGCUGUGCAGAUUACAGAGGAAAAACUUGGGCAAGCAGAAAAGACUGAACUGGAUGCUCAUUUUGAGAACCCUGUUGUCCAGAGCAGAUUCCACAAAAAAAUUGGGACAGAGAAGAUUCUGCGACAAUCUGAGGUUCUCCUGCAGCCCAACCCUAGUGCCCGGGUAGAAGAGUUCUUGUAUGAGAAACUAGACAGGAAGGUCCCUUCUCGAGUUACCAAUGCAGAGCUCGUGGGCCAGUAUAUGGUAGAGGCAGCAAAUGAUUUUGGUCCGGGUUCACCCUACGGACAAACACUCAUCAAGGUUGGAGAUGCACAGAAACAUUUGGGUGUUGCAGAACGAUUCAUGCACUCAUCUUCUAUCAAUUUUCUUACACCUGUUCGCAAUUUCCUGGAAGGCAUUGGGAGAACCAUUUCUAAAGAAAGGCGAAUCCUGCAGAACCGCCGUCUAGAUUUGGGCUGCAAAGCUCGUCUAAAGAAAGCAAAAGCAGCUGAGGCCCAAAGCACUGCUUUGCCUGAUUUUCAGGAGACCCGUCCUCGUAAUUACGUGCUGUCGGCCAGUGCGUCAGCGCUUUGGAGUGACGAGGUGGACAAGGCCGAGCACGAGCUGCGAGUGGCACAGACAGAGUUUGAUCGGCAAGCAGAAGUGACCAGGCUUCUUUUGGAAGGGAUCAGCAGCACCCAUGUAAAUCAUCUGCGAUGUCUGCAUGAAUUUGCAGAGGCACAAGCGACUUACUUUGCACAAUGCUACCAGUACAUGCUUGAUCUGCAGAAGCAGCUGGGCAGAUUCCCUGCCCCAUUUGUGGGAAACUCAGAUGCUGCCUCCUUACCACUAAACACAUCCACCCCAGCAGCCACUCUUCCUGUGCUCCAGGAAGUCAGCCCAAACCCUGUAGAUGGGUCUCUAAACUCAGUUGAAGUGAAUCCAGCAGCCAGCGGCACGAGGAAGGCUCGAGUGCUGUACGAUUACGAAGCUGCGGAUAGCAGUGAGCUGGCUCUGCACGCAGAUGAGCUAAUUACUGUGUACAGCCUCCCUGGCAUGGAUCCUGAUUGGCUAGUGGGUGAGAGGGGGAACAAGAAGGGAAAAGUACCGGUUACCUACCUGGAACUCCUCAGUUAGACUUGAGUAAAGAGGUGCAUAAAGUCUCUCAACAAGCCAACUGCCCUGGAGGGUGAAUCCACUGCUCAAAGGCUGCUGCUUCCUGUCUCCAUCAUCCCUCACAAUGAGGCUGCACGUUUGCAUUUAAUAUGUCCUUUCGUUUCCUUUCUUUCAUCCUUUACAAUGCUUCAAGGACAUGUUAGAUUUAUUGAUGACUACUCCAGCACUAAAGGGGUUAAUUGCUUCACUGCAGUGACCCUUUGACUUCAGGAGAGAAUGUCGUUUUCUCAUAACCACCAGGUCUCACAAGGAUCUGACAGUCGGUCUGGUCAGUGGGGUGUGAAGGAGAACGUGUUUUAGACGUCAACAGCAGCUGCUGAAAGUCACUGUGUGUGGGACUGUCCCAGCUUCAGUUUGUUUUGUCCUGUAAAGGGUUACUUACUUUUUUUUAGGGGUCUCUGAGCAGGGAGAUUUGUAUCUCUGCUGUGUCACUUUCAUAGCUUUAUGCAGUAAGAUUGUACCUACUAUAGACAGGAUGUAGAUACAAAUGUGUCCUAUACAAGAAUAACUAGUUCCUCUCUCCCAACCUGCUGUAUUCCAGCAGCUGUGCAAAUAAAGCUCUUUUCUAAUUUGGAAUUGGAGUUUGUGAGCAUUGGAAAAAUUCCCUUUAUGCAACCGACAGAGGCUAAACUAAGGUCUUUACACCAGGGCCCCUCAAACUAAUCUGCUUCUUAUGUUUUCUUCUUUCAAAUCAGUGUGUUAUUUAUUGCCUGUCUGCACCAUUGUCUGUGUUUGAUUAGAUAUUAAUAAACAGAUGUCAUUCCUGCA